UUGUCAAUUGUCAAACUUCAAAGAAAGUUCGAAUUGCAUCAAAAUAAUAAAUUCGUGCAUUUUUGAGAAAGAAGACGCAAACUUCGUUUUUUUAAUUAAAACAGUGAAUGUUUUUGACUAACCUAUAAUGCUUAUAUAGUGACGAUUCUACUUUACUACACGAAAAUGAGUAAUAAUUUGGAAAAUGAUAGGUCAGUCACAACUGGAAAAAUGUAUCCAAUUGACUUAGCGCCACAAAAAAUAACUAUAGUCAAAACGAUGUCAAAUACUGAGGUGAAGAUGGCUCAUUUGAUAUCAGGUCAGCCGAAGACCACCAAUACCAGUCAAAUAAUCAGCCAUGGCGGGACUGGACCUAUGGGAUUAAUGCGUACAGCUGCACAAAUUAUAUCUCCUGGCGUCGCUUCCCAGCCGCAAAUGAUUGUAAGCGGCUCUCCUAUAUUGCAAGGCACACAUGCUGUGAGCCAAGGAUCUCAGCACAUUGGGCAAAACUCACAAAUAAUAUCUCCAUCUCAGUUGAUCCCUAGUGGCCAACUUUUAAGUCCUGGAACGCAAAUUAUAAGCCAAGGAACACAGUUGUCUAUGCAGGGUUCUACUUCAAGUAAUACAGUGUCUAGCAGUAUGCCAAAUACAUCUGGUAAUGGGCCACCAUUAUUGAAUGUUGGUGGAUUAAGCGGUGCUGGUAAUCUUGUUGUCAGUUCUUCGGUGCGCACUUUACCACCUAGUGUUAGAGUGUUGCCACCUAUGCCACAACAAAAUACUAGGCCAGUCCUGUCGAGCAUGAAUGUGAACAGUACUGGCAGUGUUCUGGUGAGCAAGGGUGUUACAAGUCAUGUACCUCGCGGACUUGCUGCCGGUGCCUCUCUUGCUGUGAGACCCGUCUCUAAUUCACAGGUUCCUGCAAACCCAGGUGUAUGGUCAAAUAAUCGCGGAGGUCGCGGCGGCCGCGCGCUUGUGUACGGAUGCCGCGCGCGAUCACCCGCCCCUCCCGGCCCUCGCGCCCCGCCCCCGUCGUCUCUAUCGCAACCGCCCCCCGCACCGCAGCCCGCACAGUCGCCACACUCAACGCUAGUCACCCUUCCUACAACCAGUGUGCUCACUACUGGUGUGAUAUCAACCACAGCCCGCGGCCCGGCACCUAGAACCCCGACGCCAACUCAUCCCGCGCCUGUAGGUCCUCGAGCCUUGCCAUUGUUGCAGCGGAACUACCAACCCACCAAAGUGGUAGGCGUUGCGGGUGUCGGAGUGCGUGGUGUCGGCAACAGCGCACCCCCACAGCUGUACUACGAAGUGCCGCGACCUUCACCGCAGCAACAACAGAGCAAUCCGCAGCAGCAAUACCAGCAGUCAAUACCGCAUCAACUACCGAGACCGCUCACGCCGUACGGGCACGCAAAUACGCUAUCCGCACAAGUGAGUGUGAACUCCGUCUCGACGCAACCUGAAGUUCGACAACCACAAACGUCCAUCCAGAACUCAUCCGUGUUACCAAGACCAUCCAUAUUACGCAAGCGGGAUGUAGAGGGGUCACCAACAAAGUCACCAGCGCUAUUGAACGCAGUUAAUGCCGUGAACACAAUCAUCGGCACCAACGUCGCCAGUAUCGCCAGCAUUGGCAACAUUAGCUUGGGGAACCACCUCAACAUUGGCACAGUGUACCGCUCGGAGAACACUGGGUGGGAAGAUGUGCCUUCGGGUCCGGGAGGCGCGGGGACAGGUUCCACGACAAUCUCCGCCCCCUCAUCGCCUGUUCCAGAUAUAGAUCCUGACCCACCAACUCCGGAACAGGAUCUCUCCCCGAGAAAAAAGCCGAGGAAACAGACAUUAAUAAAUGAAGUGAGGCAAUGUGAGUUUCCUGCUGAAGAAAGUGUGAUGUCGCCACCACCAGUUGUUCCUAUUGCACCUCCUCCAAAACGUCCAUCGCUCAGCUCGACGUACGUGUGCGGAUGGCGGAGCACGGCUCUGCACUUUACGCGGCCGUCGGACGUGCGGCGCCGAGAACCGCGCGCGCGUGACAUCGUCGCCAUCGCCAGCCAGAAACACGUGCUCACGAGCGCAGAGGGCUGGAAGGUGCACCAUCUCACUGCGCAGAUGGAUGAUUUGGUGUCACUAGAAGCCGAUGUGGGUGAGCAGUUAGUAGGUGUGCUGCGAGCGCUGGAAACUUCGGCGUCGCGAGCGCACUCCCCCAUACAUACCAUACAACACACGCUAUUAGAACUUAUCAAGGGUAACAUACAAAGGAGCAAAAUAGUAUGCGAAGGGAUACAAGAAGCACGCGAAGACAUACUGCGCGUAUUCAAACACAGGAAUUUCGUGUCCGACAUACUAACUCGACAAGCCGAUAAGAGGUGCUUCAGGAAACACCGGUCGCAGUCAUAGCAAAGUGGGAACAAGAAAAACUAACAUUUCCUCAAACAAUAUUGAUUGAUAUUUUUCUCGCAUUAAAAAGGUGUUUGACACUUGUAUUCAAAAACAUUUUUAUAACUCUUAACCGUGUAUCCGAACGAUUGAUCCAAAAAUCAACAUUAAGAGAUAUUUAAUGAAAAGGACGCAAUUACGAUCUUUUUCUCACGCAAAUGACGUCAUUUCGUCAGAGAAGGUUUUUUUAUUGGCUGUAGUCCAAUUAUUGAGAUAUGCAUAUUAUCUGAUAGGUGGACACACCUACCACCCCGUGCGUUCGCAUGCACUGUAAGACAUUAUAUUAAUGUUUAAUAAAAUAAUGUUAUUUAAUAAGAUAUGAUAGAAUGUUUAAUAAAAUAAUGACUAUUAUUAUUAAAGGUAAACACUGGGCUUAGAAAAGUUGCUAUAGGUAAUAAUUAUAGUCUGUAAAUAUUGUAAAGAAAUUUAUAUCUAAAAAAGAUAUUAGAAUGUCCAAUUUUUCUAUGUUUGAAGAAUGCCUUGAAUAAUAAUGCUAUGUGUUGUG